GCUCCCCCCUCCUCCUUCCCCCACAGCAAAAUGGCGGCGCGUGGAGUCCCUGGGAGCCAGUGAGUGACUCGGCUUCUCCUCCCCGCCGCCGCCGCCGCCGCCACAGGCUCAUUUGCAUUGAUCAGCCGCCCCCUCCCCCUUCCCAGACCGGCCCCUCUCCCCCCAUCAAUCAUCAAUCAUCACCGAGUGGAUCAAUCAAUGGUCGGGAGGAGGCGGCGGCGGCGGCUGCUGCUGUUAAUGAACAAUGUGUGAGAGCUGCGCCGAGCUGCUGGAGGUGUUAAAUGAGAUAUCUGACAUCGAAGGUGGUGAUGGAUUACAGCUCCGAAAGGAACAUGCACUCAAGAUAUUUGCUUAUAUCAACUCCUGGACGCAAAGACAAUGUCUGUGCUGCUUCAAGGAGUAUAAGCAUUUGGAGAUCUUUAACCAAGUAGUAUGUGCGCUUAUUAACUUAGUGAUUGCCCAAGUUCAAGCUCUACGGGACCAGCUCUGUAAACAUUGCACUAUUAACAUAGAUUCAACAUGGCAAGAUCAGAAUAAUCAAGCCAAUGAGCCACUGAAUGUAGAAAGAGAGUCUCAUGAAGAAGAAAAUGGAGAACGACAAAAAUGCAUAGAGAAAAAGUUAGACUCCACAAGAACUUGUAUCCUGACAGAGGAAGAAUCUGCAAAGAGCACUGAUGCUUUUAGCUUAUGGAGCACUGAUGAGAAGGAAAAACUGUUGCUGUGUGUGGCAAAAAUCUUUCAGAUUCAGUUUCCUCUGUAUACUGCUUACAAGCAUAAUACUCAUCCCACAAUAGAGGAUAUUUCUGCCCAAGAAAGCAAUAUAUUAGGGGCGUUCUGUGAUAUGAAUGAUGUAGAAGUACCAUUGCACUUGCUUCGUUAUGUUUGUCUAUUUUGUGGAAAAAAUGGCCUUUCGCUCAUGAAGGAUUGUUUUGAACAUGGAACCCCUGAUACAUUGCCAUUUCUUAUAGCACAUGCAUUUAUCACAGUGGUAUCUAAUAUCAGGAUAUGGCUACACAUCCCUGCUGUCAUGCAGCACAUUAUACCGUUUAGGACCUAUGUUAUCAGGUAUUUAUGUAAACUGUCAGACCAAGAGUUGCGACAGAGUGCAGCCCGGAACAUGGCAGAUUUAAUGUGGAGUACAGUUAAAGAGCCAUUGGAUACAGCCUUGUGUUUUGAUAAAGAAAGUCUUGAUCUUGCGUUUAAGUACUUUAUGUCUCCAACUUUAACAAUGAGGUUGGCUGGACUGAGUCAAAUAACAAAUCAACUUCACACCUUUAAUGAUGUGUGUAAUAAUGAAUCAUUGGUUUCAGACACAGAAACGUCCAUUGCAAAAGAGCUUGCAGACUGGCUUAUCAGCAACAAUGUGGUUGAGCAUAUUUUUGGACCAAAUUUACAUAUUGAGAUCAUCAAACAGUGCCAAGUGAUUCUCAAUUUUCUUGCAGCUGAAGGGCGACUUAGUACUCAGCACAUAGACUGCAUUUGGGCAGCAGCGCAGCUGAAACAUUGUAGUCGCUAUAUACAUGAUCUGUUUCCUUCAUUAAUCAAGAACUUGGACCCUGUCCCGCUUAGACAUCUUCUUAAUCUAGUCUCAACUCUUCAUCCAAGUGCUCAUACUGAACAGACCUUAUAUUUGGCAUCAAUGCUUAUAAAAGCACUGUGGAAUAAUGCACUAGCAGCUAAGGCCCAGUUAUCAAAACAGAGUUCAUUUGCAUCUUUACUCAGUACUAAUCUACCCAUGGGAAAUAAGAAAGAGGAAGAAGAGCUCAGAAGGGCAGCCCCAUCGCCUUGGUCACCUGCAGCUAGUCCUCAAAGUAGUGACAACAGUGACACCCAUCAGAGUGGAGGCAGUGACAUUGAAAUGGAGGAGCAGAUAAUCAACAGAAACAAACACGUGCAACAGCGACUUUCAGAUACAGAGGAGUCCAUGCAAGGAAGUUCUGAUGAGACAGCAAACAGUGGUGAGGAUGGCAGCAGUGGUCCUGGUAGCAGCAGUGGCCACAGUGAUGGAUCCAGUAAUGAGGCCAAUUCCAGUCAUGCAAGCCAGUCUGCAGGAAGUCCAGGGAGUGAGGUGCAAUCAGAAGAUAUUGCAGAUAUUGAAGCUCUCAAAGAAGAAGAUGAGGAAGAGGAGGAAGAUAGGGGUCAUAAUCCUCAGAAAAACAGUAGGAGCACAGAGCUACUAAGCAGGAAGAUAGAAUCACAAGCAGGCAUUUGUUUAGGAGAUUCACAAGGGGCAGCAGAUAGGAGUGGUGCAAGCAAUGGGUCAGGAAAGGACCAUGUUUUUAACACUGAGUCUGUACCUCCAGUGGAUAGUCGAAUUAGAAUGCUAGAUGCCUGUUCACACACUGAAGAUGCAGAACAUGAUAUGACCGGGGAAAUUAAUCCAGCUCACAUAUCACAAGGGUCUCAGGAUUCUUGUAUAACACAUACAGGGGACUUCCUUGGGGAAACCAUUGGAAAUGAAUUAUUUAACUGUCGGCAGUUUAUUGGGCCACAGCAUCACCACCACCACCACCACCACCAUCACCAUCAUGAUGGACACAUGGUUGACGAUAUGCUAAGUGCAGAUGAUGUCAGUUGUAGUAGUUCCCAGGUCAGUGCAAAAUCUGAAAAAAAUAUGGCUGAUUUUGAUGGUGAAGAGUCUGGUUGUGAAGAAGAACUUGUACAGAUUAAUUCACAUGCUGAGCUAACAUCUCAUCUUCAACAGCAUCUUCCUAACCUUGCUUCUAUCUACCAUGAACACCUUAGUCAAGGGCCAGCAGUCCAUAAACACCAGUACAACAGCAACGCAGUGACGGAUAUUAACUUGGAUAAUGUUUGUAAGAAGGGAAAUACUCUUUUGUGGGAUCUGGUCCAGGAUGAAGAUGCAAUUCAUCUCUCUGAGGGAUUAAUAAAUGAAGCAGAGAAGCUGCUCUGUUCCUUAGUGUGCUGGUUUACUGAUAGGCAGAUCCGAAUGAGAUUCAUCGAAGGCUGCCUGGAAAACUUAGCAAAUAACAGAUCUGUAGUAGUUUCACUUCGUCUUCUUCCAAAGUUAUUUGGUACAUUUCAGCAAUUUGGGAGCAGUUAUGAUACACAUUGGAUAACAAUGUGGGCAGAAAAAGAACUUAACAUGAUGAAACUCUUCUUUGAUAAUUUGAUACACUACAUUCAAGCAGUAAGGGAAGGACGACAUAAACAUGCAUUGUACAGCCACAGUGCAGAAGUUCAAGUGCGUCUUCAGUUUUUGACAUGUGUUUUUUCAACUCUUGGAUCACCAGAUCAUUUCACACCAAAGAAAAUGCAACUCCAUACACAACAACAAAUGAAAAUGAACAGAUUGAGUUUAGAACAAGUGGACAUUUUAUGGCAUUGUUUAGUAGAAGAUUCUGAGUGCUAUGAUGAUGCGUUACACUGGUUCUUAAAUCAAGUACGAAGUAAAGAUCAGCACGCUAUGGGAAUGGAAACCUACAAGCAUCUUUUCUUAGAAAAGAUGCCACAGCUAAAACCUGAAACUAUUAGUAUGACUGGUCUAAACCUGUUUCAACAUUUAUGCAACUUGGCCCGAUUGGCUACCAGUGCAUAUGAUGGUGGUUCAAACUCAGAGUUGUGUGGUAUGGACCAAUUCUGGGGCAUUGCUUUAAGAGCACAGUCCGGUGAUGUCAGUCGAGCAGCUAUCCAGUAUAUCAAUUCUUAUUAUAUUAAUGGUAAAACAGGUCUGGAAAAAGAACAAGAAUUUAUUAGCAAGUGUAUGGAGAGCCUUAUGAUCGCUUCCAGUAAUCUUGAGCAAGACUCCCACUCAAGUCUCACCAUAAUUGAAAGAGGACUUUUAAUGCUAAAGACACACCUUGAAGCUUUUAGGAGAAGGUUUGCGUAUCAUCUGAGACAGUGGCAGAUUGAAGGCACUGGUAUCAGCAGUCACUUAAAGGCACUUAGUGAUAAACAGUCAUUACCACUAAGAAUUGUAUGUCAGCCAGCUGGACUUCCUGACAAGAUGACUAUAGAAAUGUAUCCUAGUGAUCAAGUGGCAGAUCUAAGGGCUGAGGUUACCCAUUGGUAUGAAAAUUUGCAGAAAGAGCAGAUAAACCAGCAAGCUCAGCUUCAAGAGUUUGGCCAAAGCAGCCGGAAAGGAGAUUUCCCUGGUGGUCUCAUGGGACCUGUGAGAAUGAUUUCAUCUGGGCACGAACUAACAACUGAUUAUGAUGAAAAAACACUUCAUGAAUUGGGCUUUAAGGAUAUGCAGAUGGUGUUUGUAUCCUUGGGUGCACCACGGAGGGAGCGAAAAGGUGAAGGUGUUCAGCUUCCAGCAUCUUGCCUACCUCCUCCUCAGAAGGACAACAUUCCAAUGCUUUUACUUUUGCAAGAACCUCAUCUUACCACCCUUUUUGAUUUGUUAGAGAUGCUUGCAUCUUUUAAACCUCCUUCUGGUGAAAUGGCUAUGGAAGAUAGUGAGGUAUUCCUUGUACUUGUCCAGGGAACAAGUUUGAUUCAGCGACUUAUGUCAGUUGCUUAUACGUAUGACAACUUGGCACCUAGGGUGUUGAAAGCUCAGUCUGAUCACAGAUCAAGACAUGAAGUUACUCAUUAUUCAAUGUGGCUCUUGGUGAGUUGGGCCCACUGCUGUUCUUUGGUGAAAUCCAGCCUGGCAGAUAGUGAUCAUUUACAAGAUUGGCUAAAGAAACUUACCCUUCUUAUUCCAGAGACUGCAGUUCGCCAUGAGUCCUGUAAUGGUCUGUACAAAUUAUCUCUCUGUGGUUUGGAUGGGGGAGACUCAAUUAAUCGAUCCUUUCUGCUACUGGCCUCAUCAACAUUAUUAAAAUUUCUUCCUGAUGCUCAGGCAUUGAAACCUAUCCGGAUAGAGGAUUAUGAAGAGGAACCAGUGUUACGAUCUGGUUGUAAGGAAUAUUUUUGGUUGCUAUGCAAACUGAUUGAUAACAUACAUGUAAAAGAUGCCAGUCAGGUUACAUCUUUGCUGUCUCCAGCGGUGGCUCAGGACAGUUUGUGUACCCAACAAACACAGUCUGAACAAGGAGGUACCUGUACCCAGCUGGGUCCUUCAGCCACUCAUCUGGUGGAAGAAUCCUUCUUAAAGACAACACUGCUUGAUUUAGAUGCCCUAGCAAGACACCUCGCUGACUGCAUUCGAAGCAGAGAAAUCCUUGAUCAUCAAGAUGGUAACAUAGAAGAUGAUGGUCUUACAGGGCUCCUGCGGCUUGCAACGAGUGUUAUUAAACACAAACCACCUUUUAAAUUUUCCCGGGAAGGACAGGAGUUUCUAAGAGACAUCUUCAAUCUUCUGUUUUUGCUGCCAAGUCUAAAAGAUAAACAACAGCCAAAAUGCAAGUCACAUUCUUCAAGGGCUGCUGCUUACGACUUGUUGGUAGAAAUGGUAAAGGGGUCUGUAGAAAACUACAGGCUGCUCCACAACUGGGUUAUGGCACAACAUAUGCAGUCUUCCCAUGCGCCUUACAAAUGGGAUUAUUGGCCACAUGAUGAUGUUCGAGCUGAAUGCAGAUUUGUUGGUCUAACUAAUCUUGGAGCAACUUGUUACUUGGCAUCCACUAUUCAGCAGCUGUAUAUGAUACCAGAGGCUAGACAAGCCAUUUUUACUGCUAAGUAUUCAGAGGACAUGAAGCACAAGACCACUCUACUAGAACUUCAGAAAAUGUUUACAUAUUUAAUGGAAAGUGAAUGCAAGGCAUACAAUCCAAGGCCUUUCUGUAAAACCUACACCAUGGAUAAGCAACCACUUAACACUGGAGAGCAAAAAGACAUGACAGAAUUCUUCACUGAUCUGAUAACAAAAAUUGAGGAAAUGUCUCCAGAAUUGAAAAAUACAGUGAAAAGUUUAUUUGGAGGGGUCAUUACAAACAAUGUUGUUUCUUUGGACUGUGAGCAUGUCAGUCAGACUGCUGAAGAGUUCUAUACAGUGAGGUGCCAGGUGGCGGAUAUGAAGAAUAUUUAUGAAUCUCUUGAUGAAGUAACUAUUAAAGAUACCUUGGAGGGUGACAACAUGUAUACCUGCUCUCACUGUGGGAAGAAAGUGCGGGCUGAAAAAAGGGCAUGUUUUAAGAAAUUGCCUCGCAUCUUAAGUUUCAACACUAUGAGAUACACAUUUAAUAUGGUCACCAUGAUGAAGGAGAAAGUCAACACACACUUCUCAUUCCCUUUACGUUUGGAUAUGACACCUUACACAGAAGAUUUUCUCAUGGGAAAGAAUGACAGAAAAGAAGGUUUUAAGGACGACGGUGAAUAUUUAAAAGAAACUGAAAGUUACGAGUACGAUUUGAUAGGCGUGACAGUUCAUACAGGAACAGCAGAUGGUGGUCACUACUACAGUUUUAUCAGAGAUAUAGUCAAUCCCCAUGCUUACAAAAACAACAAAUGGUAUCUUUUCAAUGAUGCUGAAGUAAAACCAUUUGAUUCUGCUCAGCUUGCUUCUGAAUGUUUUGGUGGAGAAAUGACUACCAAGACAUAUGAUUCUGUCACUGAUAAAUUUAUGGAUUUCUCCUUUGAAAAGACACAUAGUGCGUACAUGCUGUUUUAUAAACGGAUGGAACCAGAGGAGGAAAAUGGCAAAGACUACAAGUUUGAUGUUUCAUCAGAGUUGCUGGAGUGGAUAUGGCAUGAUAACAUGCAGUUUCUUCAAGACAAGAACAUUUUUGAACAUACAUAUUUUGGGUUUAUGUGGCAGUUGUGUAGUAGCAUUCCAAGCACAUUACCAGAUCCAAAAGCAGUCUCCCUAAUGACAGCAAAGUUAAGCACUUCCUUUGUUCUGGAGACAUUUAUCCAUUCAAAAGAAAAGCCCACAAUGCUUCAGUGGAUUGAACUGUUAACAAAACAGUUUAAUAACAGUCAGGCAGCUUGUGAGUGGUUUUUGGAUCGGAUGGCUGAUGAUGAUUGGUGGCCAAUGCAGAUUCUAAUCAAGUGUCCCAAUCAAAUUGUGAGGCAGAUGUUCCAGCGCUUGUGUAUUCAUGUGAUACAGAGACUGAGGCCUGUGCAUGCACAUCUGUAUCUGCAACCAGGAAUGGAAGACUGUUCGGAUGAGAUGGAUGGUCCUGUGGAAGAUAUUGGUAGCCGCUCAUGUGUAACUCGCUUCGUGAAGACGCUCUUGUCAAUUAUGGAGCAUGGUGUUAAACCUCACAGUAAACAUCUCACAGAAUACUUUGCAUUUCUUUAUGAAUUUGCCAAAAUGGGAGAAGAAGAGAGUCAGUUCUUGCUUUCAUUGCAAGCCAUAUCAACAAUGGUCCAUUUCUACAUGGGAACUAAAGGACCUGAAAACCCGCAAGUUGAAGUGCUAUCUGAAGAGGAAGGAGAGGAGGAGGAGGAGGAGGAAGACAUUCUUUCAUUAGCAGAAGAAAAAUACAGGCCUGCUGCACUUGAAAAGAUGAUUGCCCUCAUUGCUCUUCUGGUUGAACAGUCUCGCUCAGAAAGGCACUUGACUUUGUCACAAAACGACAUGGCAGCAUUAACAGGAGGAAAGGGUUUUCCUUUCUUGUUUCAACAUAUCCGUGAUGGCAUCAACAUCAGGCAAACCUGCAAUCUCAUUUUCAGCCUGUGUCGGUACAAUAAUCGACUUGCCGAACACAUUGUGUCCAUGCUUUUCACAUCUAUAGCAAAGUUGACUCCUGAGGCAGCCAAUCCUUUUUUCAAAUUGCUGACUAUGCUAAUGGAGUUUGCUGGCGGUCCUCCAGGAAUGCCACCCUUUGCUUCUUACAUCCUGCAGAGGAUAUGGGAGGUGAUUGAAUACAAUCCAUCUCAGUGCUUGGAUUGGCUGGCAGUGCAGACACCUCGAAAUAAACUAGCCCACAGUUGGGUGCUGCAAAAUAUGGAGAACUGGGUUGAACGUUUUCUUUUGGCACACAAUUAUCCUAGAGUGAGAACUUCUGCAGCCUACCUUUUGGUGUCACUUAUUCCAAGCAAUUCAUUCCGUCAGAUGUUCCGAUCAACUCGAUCCUUGCAUAUCCCUACACGUGACCUGCCUCUCAGUCCAGAUACUACAGUAGUUCUUCAUCAAGUCUACAAUGUACUUCUUGGCCUGCUUUCAAGAGCAAAACUGUAUGUUGAUGCUGCUGUUCAUGGCACUACUAAACUGGUGCCCUACUUUAGUUUCAUGACUUACUGUUUAAUCUCAAAAACUGAGAAACUUAUGUUUUCCACUUAUUUCAUGGACUUGUGGAACCUUUUCCAGCCUAAACUUUCUGAGCCAGCUAUAGCCACCAACCACAAUAAACAGGCUUUGCUCUCUUUUUGGUAUAACGUAUGUGUUGACUGCCCAGAGAAUGUACGCCUUAUUGUACAGAAUCCUGUGGUGACAAAGAACAUUGCCUUCAAUUACAUCCUAGCAGACCAUGAUGAUCAGGAUGUGGUGCUCUUUAACCGUGGGAUGCUGCCUGCCUAUUAUGGCAUUCUGCGGUUAUGCUGCGAACAGUCACCUGCAUUCACAAGACAGCUGGCUUCUCAUCAGAAUAUCCAGUGGGCCUUUAAGAAUCUCACACCACAUGCCAGUCAAUACCCAGGAGCAGUAGAAGAGCUGUUUAACCUCAUGCAGCUGUUUGUAGCUCAGAGGCCAGAUAUGAGAGAAGAAGAGAUAGAAGACAUAAAGCAAUUUAAGAAAACAACCAUAAGCUGUUAUCUGCGCUGCUUAGAUGGACGGUCUUGUUGGACUACUUUAAUAAGUGCCUUCAGAAUAUUAUUAGAAUCUGAUGAAGACAGACUUCUUGUUGUGUUUAAUAGAGGCUUAAUCCUGAUGACUGAGUCCUUUAACACAUUGCACAUGAUGUAUCAUGAGGCCACAGCUUGUCACGUGACUGGAGACCUGGUGGAACUUUUGUCAAUAUUCCUCUCGGUCCUUAAAUCAACACGUCCAUAUCUUCAGAGAAAAGAUGUGAAGCAAGCGCUAAUCCAGUGGCAGGAGCGAAUUGAAUUUGCCCAUAAACUCUUAACUCUGCUAAAUUCUUACAGUCCUUCAGAACUUAGAAAUGCUUGCAUUGAUGUCCUCAAGGAGCUUGUGCUUUUAAGCCCUCAUGAUUUCCUGCACACUUUGGUUCCAUUUCUGCAGCACAACCAUUGUACAUACCACCACAGUAAUAUCCCAAUGUCUCUUGGACCUUAUUUCCCCUGUCGUGAAAAUCUGAAAUUAAUAGGAGGGAAAAGUAAUAUCCGUCCUCCUCGUCCUGAACUCAAUAUGUGCCUCUUGCCUACGAUGAUGGAAGCCAGCAAGGGUAAAGAUGAUGUUUAUGAUCGUAUGCUUCUAGACUACUUCUUUUCGUACCAUCAGUUCAUCCAUCUAUUAUGUCGAGUUGCAAUCAACUGUGAAAAGUUUACCGAAACUUUAGUUAAGAUGAGUGUCCUCGUUGCUUAUGAAGGUUUACCACUUCAUCUUGCAUUGUUUCCCAAACUUUGGACUGAGCUGUGCCAGACUCAGGUAAAAUUUAAAUGGGUUUGAGAACCAACUGAACAAGAAUAUUUACCAGAUGUGACAACUGUAAAUGUUUUAAAGAUAGUUACUUUUUAAACAGCAAUUCAUAAGACUAAUUACUAAUUAAAUUCAGUACUUUAAAUGUAUUGGGUGUUGUUAAUUUGUUCACAACUUUAACCUUUUUAAAAUUAAAUGUUAACAAUUAGUAACACCUUGUGUUUAUAUUGUGACUUUUAUCCUGAAGGAUCUUUUUAAAAAAAAAAAAAAAAA